AUGAACAAACACUGUAUCUUUCAGGCGCAAAUGCUCCAACGAGCGGCGGGAUUAGCGGCUGGAGAAGAGAGCGAGGAGGCUUGGUACUUAGUGCAUCUUUUCCAACGUACGCAGCCUCGUGAACUCCUCCGAAUUUGCCACUUCACAUUAGCCACAUUCCUCGAACUCAAUUACGAAUAUUUUGAUGAGGGCUGGCCACUUCAGUCUCAAUUGGUCGGCUCCUCAACAUUUGCCCCUGCUGCCUCUUCCUCAUCCUCGUGUCAACGUGGCUGCAUACUGAAAGGCAAGGCGCAGCGGCUUCGAUCGCGUUCGCCACCGCUCCCACAGACCAAGGAGGAGACGUUGGCAGUGACAUCGAGACAGCACUCUUCAACAGGUAAUCAAACGGAACAUUUGGCUUCCACGCCGUCCAAGUCGACGUCUAAGAAACUGGCCUGGCUGAAGGGAAAGUACCUGUUGCCUUCAAAGCUGUCAGUUUUCACACCGAACUCUUCUCCUGCUCCUUUGGCAAGUAUGAAUCGCUCAGUGUCUGUUGUGACACCAUCAACGACCUACGCGAAAUUGACGUCCGCCUCCACGUCCGAUUUCUCUGACGUUAACAAACAUUCACAAGGAUUUCCGUAUUAUGAGAAUCCUGACUAUAUCCUUUGCCGCUAUAUUUCUGACUUCAUGCUGGAAACUCCUGGUCUGGUGUUAACAGAAGGUCUAUUUCGCCGUCCAGGCAGUUUAUCGCGAACAAAACAGUUGUACAGUGACUUGAAAGAGUGUUUAAUGUCAAAAAGUAUAGGCAGAUGUGUAAUUCGUUCAGGUGCUUCCUUGACGUUUCUAUCCAAUACAUCGUCCACUGUCCCCCGAUCCACGAUCCCUUCCAUCCACAAUCGCCAUUCGGAGCGUCGAGUGGCCGUCUACAACUUGCUGAGGUCAGCUCUGGUUUACGAUGUCACCAGUGUCCUUCUUCGCUGCCUCUCCUCCGCCCGAAUAAACCCUACCUCUGAUAGCGGACUCAUUCCUGCCGAAGCCACUGACCUUUUUAUAAAAACCACGAGUCUGCAAUACAACCUUAAGGACGGGGAUCCUGUCUACACCCUGGACUCCACUACUGAUUGGAUGCAUCUUCUCUGCCACGGAAGACAGCUCCUUGCCUAUCGAAUCAUCAUCCAACUGCUUCUUCCUGUCCCUGAACGUCAUCUCCUUCUUAAAUUACUCGCUCUUCUUCACAAAAUCGCCUCUAAUACCCAGGAGACGAAAAUGUCCUCGGAGGCUCUGGCACGGUGUCUAGCCGUCGCGGUGUUCGGAAUUCCUGAUGAUGCAGUAGCCAUGGGCCGUUACAUUGACACGCUGAUCAAUCUGAUCGAACUGUUUGAAGACUUAGAAACUCUUCCGAGGAUGGUCUACCAACAAGUGCGCAACUUUUUGAGGUCAAAAUUGGGCUCUUCGCCAAUGAAAAAUCCCAUUAGAGUGAAUGCACAGCAAGCCAACUGCAGUCCUGCUAUGGUGGACAAGUCUGUGCUCAAACGUAGUUGGGCUACUUGUCAGGUUUCUGUUGAUGCCAGUGACCUGUCAUCGGUGAGAAUGUUGUUCUUGUGA